AUGUUGUCUAGAGUAUCUUUAUUGAGAAACUCAAGAGCCUUUCAGCAGGCCAAAUGGCGCACUUAUCGCUUCCAGGUUUCGCCAACUGUACAUGCUUCAUACUACCACAUCCUGUCUGGUGGGAAACUUGCUCAGUCUAUUCGUGAAAAGGCUGAUGACGAAAUAAAAUCCAUUAAAUUGAAACAUCCCAAUUUCAAGCCUACUUUGAAAAUUAUUCAAGUUGGAGGCAGACCCGACUCGUCCACCUAUGUGAGAAUGAAGUUGAAAGCUUCGAAGGAUAGUGGCGUGGACUGUGUCAUAGAGAAAUUUCCACCAGAAAUAACCGAACUCGAGCUUUUGAAGAGAAUUGCCGACAUCAACGAUGACGAAUCUAUUCAUGGGCUGUUAAUUCAAUUACCAUUGCCUCGUCAUUUGGAUGAAACAACAAUCACAAAUGCUGUUGACUACAAAAAAGACGUUGAUGGGUUUCAUAGAUUUAAUGCUGGUGAAUUGGCCAAAAAGGGUGGUAAACCAUACUUUAUUCCAUGUACUCCUCACGGUUGCAUGAAGUUACUCGAAGAGGCUCAUGUCAAGUUAGAUGGAAAGAACGCCGUAGUGAUAGGUAGAUCUAGUAUUGUCGGGAACCCAGUUGCCUCGUUAUUGAAAAAUGCCAAUGCAACAGUAACCAUUUGUCACAGUCAUACAAAGAAUGUUGCUCAGGUAGUUUCCCAGGCUGACAUAAUUGUUGCAGCUUGCGGUAUGCCUCAAUACGUUAAAGGAGAGUGGAUCAAAGAAGGUGCCGUAGUUAUCGAUGUUGGUAUUAACUAUGUUCCUGAUAAUAGCAAGAAAAGCGGACAGAGAUUAGUUGGUGAUGUUGAAUUUGACUCUGUAAAGGAAAAGGCAUCUUACAUAACUCCCGUUCCUGGUGGAGUGGGGCCAAUGACUGUGGCUAUGCUUGUUUCUAAUGUACUCUUAGCCGCAAAGAGACAGUUUGUGGAAUCUGAAAAGCUUCCAACUAUCAAUCCUCUUCCCCUACACCUGAAAACACCAGUUCCAUCAGAUAUUGAUAUUUCAAGAGCCCAAAGCCCAAAACACAUCAAUCAAGUGGCCGAGGAAUUGGGUAUUCACUCACACGAACUGGAACUGUAUGGCCAUUAUAAGGCGAAGAUUUCUCCAAGUAUCCUCGAAAGAUUAGAAUCUCGUGAGAACGGUAAAUACGUCCUUGUUGCGGGUAUUACCCCAACCCCAUUGGGUGAAGGUAAAUCCACUACAACUAUGGGACUGGUGCAAGCCUUAUCUGCCCAUUUAGGCAAACCUUCCAUUGCGAAUGUUAGACAGCCCUCCUUGGGCCCUACUUUGGGUGUUAAAGGUGGUGCUGCCGGUGGUGGUUACGCUCAAGUUAUUCCUAUGGACGAGUUCAACCUACAUUUAACCGGUGAUAUCCACGCUAUUGGGGCCGCCAAUAACCUGCUUGCAGCUGCUAUUGACACCAGAAUGUUCCAUGAAUCUACCCAGAAGAACGACGCAACAUUUUAUAAGAGAUUAGUUCCAAGAAAGAAUGGUAAGAGAAAGUUCACCCCAUCUAUGCAAAGAAGACUUGGAAGAUUAGGUAUCAAUAAGCAAGACCCUGAUACCUUGACGCCCGAGGAAAUCAACAAAUUUUCCAGACUGAAUAUCAAUCCUGAUACUAUCACAAUCAGAAGAGUUGUCGAUAUCAAUGACAGAAUGUUGAGACAAAUUACCAUUGGAGAAGCUGCUACAGAAAAGGGCCUCACAAGAACUACUGGAUUUGAUAUCACUGUUGCCUCUGAAUUGAUGGCUAUCCUAGCUUUAUCCAAAAACUUGCACGAAAUGAAGGAACGUAUUGGACGUAUGGUUAUUGGUGCCAAUUAUGAUAAUGAACCAGUAACUGUAGAAGACGUUGGUUGUACUGGCGCUCUGACUGCAUUGUUACGUGAUGCCAUCAAACCUAACUUAAUGCAAACGUUAGAAGGUACACCCGUAAUGGUCCAUGCUGGUCCUUUUGCUAAUAUUUCUAUCGGUGCAUCGUCAGUCAUUGCAGACUUAAUGGCAUUAAAACUUGUAGGCACAGUCAAGAACCCAUUAAACACCAAGGACACCCAUGAACCUGGUUAUGUGGUCACUGAAGCAGGAUUUGAUUUUGCCAUGGGUGGUGAAAGAUUCUUUGAUAUCAAAUGUCGUUCCUCUGGAUUAGUACCAGAUACAGUUGUCUUAGUCGCUACAGUAAGAGCCUUAAAAUCUCACGGAGGUGCUCCAAAUGUUAAGCCAGGACAACCAUUACCAAAGGAAUACACAGAAGAAAACGUUGAUUUCGUCGCCAAGGGUGUUAAUAACCUGGUCAAGCAAAUCGAAAACAUCAAAACUUUCGGAAUACCAGUUGUUGUAGCAAUCAACAGAUUUGAAACGGACUCACAAGCAGAAAUCGAAGUAAUCAAAAAAGCUGCAUUGAACGCGGGAGCAUCUCAUGCCGUUACUUCUAAUCACUGGAUGGAAGGUGGUAAAGGUGCAUUAGACUUGGCUCAUGCCGUGGUCAAUGCAACAAAAGAACCAAAAAACUUUGAAUUUUUGUACGACGUCAACAACUCAAUUGAAGAUAAACUUACUAGCAUCGUUCAAAAGAUGUAUGGAGGAGCAAAAAUCGAAGUUUCACCAGAGGCCCAAAAAAAGAUUGACGCUUAUAAGGAACAAGGAUUCGGUAAUCUUCCUAUCUGUAUUGCUAAGACGCAAUACUCAUUGUCGCAUGAUCCAUCUUUGAAGGGUGUUCCUACUGGCUUCACGUUCCCAAUUAGAGAUGUGAGAGCUUCAAUCGGUGCAGGAUAUUUAUAUGCCCUAGCUGCAGAAAUACAAACUAUACCAGGUUUAUCAACAUAUGCUGGUUACAUGGCUGUAGAAGUUGACGACGACGGUGAGAUUGAAGGUCUAUUUUAG